AUGCAUAUCAAACCUCACCGCCACGUGCCGCACCUCUCCAAGCGCGAUGAUCCUCCGGCCUACGAAGUCAAUGUUCUCGACGACUCUCUCGACAAACGUGCCCAGGUCAAAGAAGUCAAUGAUAAUGUUGCAACUGUCUUCUCGGUUGUUUAUGUGACAGCAUCUGCUACUUUCUCCGGACCUACCGCUGGCUUUGUCACUCUUGGAGCCCAAACCACCACCUCUGCAAAGGCAGCUGCUAAAUCUACUGCCGCCAGCAACAACGAUGAUGAAGACAACACAACCUCAGCAAAUGCCAAGCAACCAUCACCAACUGCCAGAACCAGCACCACAUCCACAUCCUCUGCCAAAGUCACAAGUACCUUGUCGCCUACUGCAAAGUCGACUGCCAACACUCUGUCUUCUGCCACUUCAUCAUCAUGGCCAUCAUCACUAGUCUCAUCCUCAUUGGCUGUCCUCACCUCAUCUGCUGCUGCAUCCUCUACAAUCGCCUCUUCAUCAAUCUCAUCUGCCGCAAAAGCUGAAGCCACAUCUUCGAGCUCAGCCUCAGCAACACCAGUUGCAGAUGCAGCUUCCAGUGGUAUGAGUUCAGGCGCAAAGGCCGGCAUCGCUAUUGUGGUUAUCUUCGCUAUCGGCGCCCUGGCUGGUCUUGCCUACUUCCUCAUUCGCAAGAAGAAGGCUCAACAGAAGCAGGCCAUUGGUAUGGAGAGACUCGAUGACGAGAAGAAGGGCUUCGUCAGCCAAAGUCCGAGCACCAUGACUAUCCCUCAACCUCCUGCUCAGACACGAAGCACUGGUCCGGCACCGCGCCUGAGUUACCGCCCUACAUCUCAAUGGUCGCCUAGUGUUCUUGGUGACGCCGAGAAGGCCGCGGCUGGAGCAGCUGCUGGUGUCAUGGCCAAACACAGCGACCCCGCCAACCCCUUCGGUAUUCACGCUCAGACCGUCGAGUCCCAGUCAAGGGAUGUCAUCUCACCUAUUCCUGAAGAACGCUCUCUCAGCCCACCUGUCGAGCUUCAAGGAAGUCCCGUGCCUAGCCCUACUGCAGCCAACUUCAACAUCAGCUCUCCUGCAACUCCCGCUGAGGUGGGAACGGCUGCUGCUGUCCCUGUAGCUGCUCUGGCAGGCGCCGCUUCGGGCGCUGCCAUUGCCGAUCCUCCUGGCAGCACCGUUCACCGUGUUCAGCUUGAAUUCAAGCCAUCUAUGGAUGAUGAGCUCGAGUUGAAGGUCGGCCAAAUUGUCAGAGUCCUACACGAGUACGACGAUGGUUGGGCUCUCUGCAUUCGUAUGGACCGAUCUCAGCAAGGUGUCGCUCCCAGAACCUGUCUGUCAAAGGCGCCAUUGAAGCCAAGGCCAAUGGGUCCUCCUCCUGCAAAGAACGGCCCUCGUGCUGGUCCUGGCUCCAUGGGUCCUCCUCCCAGACCCAUCGCUGGUGCUAAAGUUCGUCAAAACUCAUCUUCAUCUCAAGGCUCUGCUGCAUCGCAAGCACGCCGUCCCUCGAUGGCUCCCUCAAAGCCAUCGUCUCCAACGCUAGCCGAGCAGCAAAGGUCACAACAAAGAAGCGUUUCGGCCGAUGCCUCUCCGACCAAGGCUCCCAAACAGUCACAGCAGUCUGCAGCCUCAGCCGCCGAUGUCCACAGUCGUAGUGCUUCGAUGGGUACUGCAUCGAGUGCCGCCAAGUCAACGAUCGGCUCUGUUCCAUCCACGCCUCUCGGUGUGCCUACCAGAAAGCCAGUUCCUGGCCAGGCCCUCUAA